AGGUCGUGCUGGAGGGCAUCGCGGGUUUUACGCCGCAGCUUCCGCCAGGACCUCGCGACGUCGUUGGACAGGAAGAGCAUUGGCAUAAAGACGUUGCUUGUCGUCGCCGAGAUGGCCGUGCAGAGACAGAAUCCUGUCACGAAGGAGACGUCUUCAUGGAGUGCCUGGAGAGCGCUGGGUCCUUCAACUGACGCGUCCGCCGCCGAUUGGGUCAGAUCGGCCAGUGCGCUCGCUCACCGCCGCCCUCGCUUCCCCCUCGCAGGGGGGAGGUUACGAGUGAUGCAGGGUUGGUCGUUGUGCGGGGGCUGCUGGGGAGCGCCGAAUCCACACGCUGCAUCUACUGAUGCUAUUCCGAGGGGCACGGGCCAGUCCCAGCGCAGUCCCCGAGUGUUCGGAUUCCAGCUGCAGCACGCUUGCGCUUCGCUUGGCGCCGGGCUUCUGUACAGCGUCCUCCUCCACCCUCUCCUUGUUUACGCUCGUCACCUCCUUGCCACCUCCUUCUCAUCCCCUUUAUAUCACCCCUCGGCCGCAAUGAGUCGGUCGCGGGGGUUGUUCGGUUGACGGCGCUAGGGACGAGCAGGUGUAAUAGUGCGUUGAAGAUUUGUGCUCGUCUGGCUGGCCAGACUCGGCGCGGUAGUGCCAGGUUCUGAGCGGCCAUGGUCUAUUGGUGGCUGAACGCCUCCAUGUUGGCCAGGGUAUCCUGGGCUCGCUGCGAUGAAUGUUCGCGUGCCUGCUCAGAGUAGCAGCUAGCGCCCCGCCAUGGCACCGCGAUCCGUGCAGGGAGCCGCGUGCCCCAGAGCCUGCAAGAGAAGGUGGGUGCAGCAAGCGGG